CCAUGUAAAGGGGGCGCGGUCCUGUUACCCUGCGGUCUCAAAAACCGUGACAUCGUCAGAUUUUUUGAACGUUGACACCCGAGGCGUCCCGCGCCAUCAACGACACCAUCUGGCGGCCAUCUCGCGUGUUGUGACCUUCAAAGGUCCUUGAGGGGAGGGAUGGCGGCCGGCCUCUGGGACCUCGCUGACGACGGCAACUCUUCCACUUUGCGCACACACACACACACACGAGCCGGCGAUUGGCCGGCGUGGGCCAAAGUCAGCGAAAAGAAGGACGCGGGCGUGAGACGAGGGCAGACGGCGGACGGGACGGCAAGCGAGCGCCUUGAGGAGGUCACGGCGCGACGUUCUCCAGGACGUCAUCGCGUUAGGAAUGGCGACCGGAGCGAAGAAGGGGGCGACAAACGGCAGCAGCAACUUCUCGCUAGCAGGCAGCUCCGCCUCCAGGGCCACGCCCACACCUGAUAAAAGCAUCGCAGAGUCUCCGCCCACCACACGGAGACUGAGCUUCAGUGGGAUGUUCAGGUCUGCCUGCAGGGAAUCGAACCAGCAAACGUCGACCUCCCCCAUCGCCAUCAAAUUCUUCUCACGCACCAAGAGGAGCAAACCCAGAGCCUUCAGCCUGUCGUGCCCGGCCCCUCCGGCCCCCCCGGCCCCUCCGCCGCCAGCCCCCCUCCACGCCCCCUCCGGCCCCGGGCAGGCGGGCGCCUUCCCCCUGGAGACGUACGCCGUCGAGCCCCGACGUCUGCGAGCCUUCUCGUCGCCCCCGGAUGCCGGACGGCGCUCGUCCUCCUCUUCGUCAUCAUCAGCCUCAUCCUGUCACCUGACACCUUUGGCCCCACCUCUUCCUCUUGGCGGACAGCUGUGAAAGUUUUAUUUGCACCUGAAAUCGAGACAUUACUACGGAAGUGGUUUCCUGCCACACCGGAAAAAAUAUCAAAUAAAGCUCAGUGUCACGCUCAAACGUGAUGAAUUUGA